GAAAUUUGACAGGUGAUCGCGCGGAUGACAUUUCUGAAGCUGUGUUUUCCUUUCGCACAUGGUAUUGUUUAUUGUCGUCGGUUCGCUUUACUUGGGAGCGGGUAAUUUGCAGUGCAUCGAGUUACACACAGCCAAACCAAGUAUCAUUGCUACAAAAUGCCGAAAGUGCGUGCAGAAAAGAAAUCCCGUGUACAUGAUGGAGUUGCAAAACAGGGCAUCGUGUUCAACAAAGAUUUCGGUCAACACAUCCUCAAAAACCCACUCGUCAUCACCUCGAUGCUGGAAAAGGCGGCAUUGCGGCCUACGGAUGUGGUGCUCGAAAUUGGUCCCGGUACCGGUAACAUGACCGUGAAGAUACUGGAAAAGGUAAAGAAAGUGGUUGCCUGCGAAAUUGAUACACGUCUCGUGGCCGAGCUGCAGAAGCGCGUGCAGGGUACGCAUAUGCAGCCGAAGCUGCAAAUCCUGAUUGGUGAUGUGCUGAAAACGGAUCUACCGUUUUUUGACAUCUGCGUCGCUAACAUGCCGUACCAGAUCAGUUCACCGUUCGUCUUUAAGCUGCUGCUUCAUCGGCCCUUUUUCCGCUGCGCUGUGCUGAUGUUCCAGCGUGAGUUCGCCCAACGUUUGGUGGCCAAACCGGGCGAUAAGCUGUACUGUCGGCUAAGCAUCAACACCCAGCUGCUUGCCCGCGUCGAUAUGCUGAUGAAGGUGGGGAAGAACAACUUCAAACCCCCGCCGAAGGUGGAGUCGAGCGUGGUAAGAAUAGAGCCGCGAAACCCGCCACCACCGAUCAACUACACCGAAUGGGACGGCUUGACGCGGAUUGCCUUUCUGCGCAAGAACAAAACGCUUGCCGCGGCAUUCAAGCAAACCACCGUACUGACUACACUGGAGGACAACUUUAAGUUGCACUGUUCCCUCAAGAACAUCGACGUUCCGGCGGAUCUGAACGUGAAGGAGAUGGUGGAGAAAAUAUUAGAAAAGGCCGACGCUAGUGACAAACGUGCCCGCUCGAUGGAUAUUGAUGACUUUAUGGCAGUGCUGCAGGCAUUCAACGCCGAAGGAUUUCAUUUCAGCUAGUCGCGUUGAAACGAGAUGAGCAUUAUAUUAUUUUUUCUUUUUGCAUAUAUAUAUUUAUCCAAUAAAAAUUGAUUACACUAAAA